GGGGAUUCCGUAGUCUCGACAGUUGUUAGGCUAACAGUGUUAGCUAAGUGACAGGUAACAGCCAUUUAUGUCCGGGAACAAUUGAAGAAAUUAGUAGAAUAAAGACACUAAUUAUUUUUUGUUUUAUAUCUAUGCUGUAGCUAAAUUUAUGUUGCACGCUGAAGAUAAUUUCGUGUAAUAUAGCUCAGCUAGCAGCCUAGUGUGCGGUAGGUAACGGUAGCUAGUUAGUUAGCUAGCUAGCCAACGACAACGUCAUAAGAAGAACAUCUAAAACAAACGCGGUGGCCAGUUGAUAAAAGGUGCCGCUGCUGUCAGUGUUUGUGAAUUAAACCACCAGCAGUGCCAGAAUGAAUGUUGCUAAAAGUGGUUAUCGCGUCUUUUCGGCCAACUCCUCCGUAGCAUGCACAGAAUUGGCCAAGAAGAUAACAGAGCGGCUGGGAGUUGAACUGGGGAAGUCAGUGGUCUUUCAGGAAUCUAACAGAGAAACUAGAGUGGAUGUGAAAGAGUCAGUUCGUGGGCAAACUAUCUUCAUCAUUCAGACCAUACCGCGAGAUGUCAACACUGCCAUCAUGGAGCUGCUGGUUAUGGCCUAUGCCCUCAAGACGUCUUGUGCAAAGAACAUCAUUGGAGUUAUUCCUUACUUUCCCUACAGCAAACAGUGCAAGAUGAGAAAGAGGGGCUCAAUAGUGAGCAAGUUGUUAGCUUCAAUGUUGGCGAAAGCAGGAUUAACACACAUCAUCACCAUGGACUUGCAUCAGAAGGAGAUCCAGGGCUUCUUCAGCUUCCCGGUGGACAACUUGCGUGCCUCCCCUUUCUUGAUUCAGUUUAUCCAAGAAGAGAUUCCUGAUUACAGAAAUGCCAUCAUUGUGGCAAAGUCCCCAUCAGCAGCUAAAAGGGCUCAGUCCUAUGCGGAACGCCUGCGUUUGGGUCUGGCUGUGAUUCACGGCGAGGCUCAGUGUUCAGAGUCCGACAUGGCGGAUGGACGACACUCUCCACCAUGUGUACGCAACACCACAGGACACACAGGACUGGAGCUUCCUUCAGGCAAACAACAAGCUCCGUUCCCUGGCAUAGAGCUCCCAAUAAUGAUGGCUAAGGAGAAACCUCCCAUAACUGUGGUAGGAGACGUGGGAGGGAGAAUUGCCAUCAUUGUGGAUGACAUUAUAGAUGAUGUGGGAGACUUUGUUGCAGCUGCUGAGAUCCUGAAAGAGAGAGGAGCAUAUAAGAUUUAUAUCAUGGCCACACACGGCUUACUGUCUGCUGAUGCUCCACGCCUCAUCGAGGAAUCCGCCAUUGAUGAGGUGGUGGUGACCAACACAGUCCCCCAUGAAGUGCAGAAGCUACAGUGUCCCAAAAUCAAGACUGUGGAUGUCAGCAUGAUAUUGGCCGAGGCCAUCCGCCGCAUCCAUAAUGGAGAGUCCAUGGCCUACUUAUUCCGCAACAUCACCGUGGAUGACUAAAGAGUGUCCCAGAGGGUGAGCUGGGUGUGAUUAGUGACUGAUGGCAGGCACUUCUUCCCUUGGCUUUAAAAACAUGCCAAUGCCAUGUUCCAUGUGUUGUGUAUGUCAGGAUUACAUGUAUCCUAGUUAAUUGAAAGAAGUUUAAAUGGUAAGAAUUACCCUAUGCUAUUUAUCAAAAGGUGUAAAAAUAACAAACUAGUGACUUUCACGUUUGAUGCAUUCAGUCAUGAUUUUGAAGCCUCUCCUUCCGAUUGACUCCAGCUUCCUCAUACACCUAAUGACUGAGCUUCAACUGCAAAAGAAAAGAGAAAUAUGUGUCCAGUAACAGGACUUUGUGCUUUAGCAACCAUUUCCCAGAGACUCUGGCUGGCCCUCAUGGUCAUCGCUGCUCAGCACUGUGAUGUUUUUGCAUUUAAUGGGGUGUUUUGGUUCCAAACACAGACAUUGGACAAGCUCCUGCUUAUUGGUGCCCAAACUAUACUUGUAUGCAGCUAUUUUGCACCAUUUGUAUGAAUGUGUGUAAGUUAAGUAAAACGUCCUAUGUGACACAAUACAUUUCUCAACACACUGUAUGUGGAAAUGAAUGGAUCAUCAAUUACAUAAAAAUCCAAAAGGACCAUCUUUGUUGUAGCCAAUUAUCUAAAGACCACGAUUACCAAACAUUACUGUUGGCAGUUUUUGAAGCAGAGCAAAGGUUUUCCUUAUGUUUUUUGUUGGUGUUUUUCCAAGCCGAAACUGCAACUUGCAGGAACCUGCCUUGGUUACAUUUUCAAUCCUAGUUAACCUGCUUCAUUUUCCUUUUUAUCACUUCACAGUGUUGUUUGGCUGCUUGUGUGGUGGGCUUAUGUACUAUUGUAACUAUGUGUGGAAAACAUAAUUAUCCCAUAACUCUCCCUGUUGGAGCAACAAUAAUCCACACAAAGUCCAUCACCUUUUUUAUUUUUCAAUCAAUCCAAGCAGCAGUCAUAUUCUAAAUUUGCUUUUGCUAAUUGUUGCCCCUGUAUUUUAGAGUUUUGGACAGUAUGGCUCAUGUUUUAGUGCUUUACAGCAGACAAUGAUAAAGUCUUGAAACCUCAGUGUCAUACCGGCACUUUAAUGUACAAGAUAAGUGGACUUUGAAUUGAUCUAUGCUUUAGGUGCAUCACUUUAAGAUGACAAAAUUCACUAUGGUGUGCUACUUGAGUGUAUUUUCUGUACUGUAGUAAAGUUAAUGGAAACUGAUGGCUCUUUGGAAGAUAGGACAUGUGCACUAAAAAAGUAAAAUAGCCAGCAGUAGUGCAAAGUGUGUGUAUUUUAGUAAAUUGGCAAAACACCAUUGCGGUCUUGUUUGUCUACAAAUUACUAUGGUAUUUCCCCAGAAAGACUUGAAUAUACACACCUUUUUGUGCUCUUUGAGUAAAUUUCAAAGCGAUGCUUAAGAGGUAAUGAGUAUUAUUACAAUGCUGAUUGAGCCUUUUGCUCAGGGAAAUAUACUUAAUAAGCCAGUGCACACUUAUCUGUUCUUGUGUUUUUUGUUAACGUUUGUUCCUGUUUCACAUGUUUAAAAAAGUCUGUCUUCCAUAAAGCAGUACUGUACACCUUUUGCUUUUUACUAUUUGUUUUUGUUAUGGAUUCUGGAUUCUCCUGAUGUGUGAAUGAAUGAAUGAUUAUUUGAGAGCUAGAUUCACACACUGGUGUUGGCACAAAGUUGCUAGUAUCAAAUGCGGAUGCUGUGCAGGCUCAAAUUUGAUCUGUCGUUAGUGUUUUUCAUCAUGUCUUCUGUGUAUUUGCUGUUCCCGUGACUUGUCUGAGAUGUUGAGGAAGUAUAAUUCAGACACUAACACCUUUCUGUCUAGCUCUACGGCCUUUGUCAUUGUGUUAAAAAAUAAAACGGUUGCCUCUG